CCGGUUUCUGGAUUUGUCUUCUGUCCGUAUAAAAACUCCAGAAUGUGAAGAGUUCAGUUAUCUAAGCAAGUGUAUUUACGCAUAAUUGUCAGUUGAGAGCAGUAAUCAACUUUAGCCUGGCAGCCUGGGUACAAAAGUUUAACUGCUAAGACGAACGAAGUACAGAGUGUGAAGUAUGGAAUUGUGGAAGAUUAGUAGCAACAUGCCACGGUGGACUUUUUUCACGGCGUUGAUGUUACUUGGGUGUCGAUUAGAUUGCGGUGAUGGAGCGAGAAUAUUGAGCAUAUUCCCAGCACCAUCGAUAAGCCACCAAUCGGUAUUUCGGAAGCUGACCUUGGAACUGAAUAAACGAGGCCACGAACUCGUUGUUGUGACGACAGACCCGAUUAAAGACUCGACUUUGAAAAAUUACAAAGAAAUCGAUAUCAGCUUCCUCUACAAGGAGAAAAACUACAUCGGUAGUGUUGUGGAUUUUCGAGGAAAAAUAGACUGGUAUUCAAGGUUGUCGAUGCUUGAAACGAUUAUGAGCUCGCAGGUUACCCAGAUAUUCAGUUUUCCGGAGUUCAAGAAAUUGUACGAACCAGGCAGCGGUGAAAAGUUUGACUUGGUAUUGAUGGAGAUAUUCUUUUCGCCUGCUUUUAUGGCCUUAGCCGAACGAUUCAAGGCUCCGUUAAUUGGUAUCGCCAGUGCGAAUCUGCAGCUAGGUGUGCAAUAUGGAAUAGGCGAACCUAUAUUACCGUCUCACCCAUCGAUUUUGGAAAUGACCGUGAAAGGGGGUGAUUCAUGGAUGCCGUGGCAGCGGCUUCAAAAUUUCAUUUACAGUUGGAGGAUAAUUCAUUAUUACAGAACUGUCACUUUACCGAAACACAAGGAACUUGCCGAAAAGUAUCUCGGCAUUGAGAUUAAAGAUCUUCACGAAAUGGAGAAAAACAUUAGUUUAAUUUUCGUUAAUCAGCAGAAACCGAUUUCCUUCGUUAGGCCGAAUGUUCCAAAGGUCGUUGAAAUCGGUGGCUUUCACGUGUCUGACAAACGCAAGCCUCUGCCUAAGGAUCUUCAGAAAACUUUGGAUGAAGCUACGCAGGGUUUUAUCUACAUGAGUCUUGGAUCGAACGUCAAGAGCAACACGUUGUCGAAGAAAACACGGGACGCUUUCAUAACCGCGUUUUCAAAGCUCCCAUACAAAGUGAUUUGGAAGUUUGAGAACGAUGAGCUCGAAGGCAAACCGGACAACGUGAUCAUCCUCAAGUGGGCACCGCAACAGGCUAUUUUAGCUCAUCCCAACAUCAAGCUCUUCGUGUACCAGGGUGGACUCCAGAGUACGGAAGAAGCCGUAUCGCACGGUGUGCCUCUGGUUGGGUUGCCGGUAAUGGGGGACCAAGAUGUGAACGUGAAUAAAAUGGUGUCUCUUGGCGUAGCCAAGAAGUUGGAGAUCACCGACGUCACCAAAGAUGAUCUACUGGAUGCGAUAAAUACCGUUGCACGUAAUGCGAGCUACAAACAGAAGAUGAUGAAUUUGCGCUCGUUGCUGAAGGACAAACCGCAAGAUUCACUUAAAAGUGCGGUCUGGUGGACGGAACACGUUAUACGACACGGAGGUGCUCCAUACCUGCAUUCGACUACCGCUGAGGAGCCGUGGUACCAACGUCAGGACAUGGACAUAAUCGCCUUUCUUUCCGCUGCGUUCGUUAUCACUUUGAUCCUGACUAAUCUCAUAUUAUACAAGUGCGUAAUCUACACUAUCAGAGCGUUCGCUGUUCAUUCGGUUGAUAAAAAGAAGAAACGAAGUUAACCUCCCAGACGUUGCGUUGAUUUCAAUUAGCUAUGUUCUAUCGCAAUGAUAUUUUUUUGAUAUUAUCAACUCUUGAAAUAUCAGUCAAAGUUGGAAUGGCACGAAUGAAAUUCUAACAUGUCUCUAGAAUUUUUCGCCAGGCCGCGAUACGAAUAAUUAAACCUACCCAUCAUACCGAACACUUUCACGUUAUCGACUCAUAUUUUCAUUUUACUUUACUGUACUGAAGUCUUUUGAGAAAUAAACUUGCAAUACCCAUUU